AAGCAAAGGAAUUAUCUCUGUCUCUCAGUUUUCUUCUGGAGGUUAAAGAAAACCAUAAAAAGACAUUUCUUCUUCUCUGUAGCUUUUAUCUUUGAAGUUUGGUUUCUGGAGAAGACAAAAGGUUUCUACUUUUUGUAAGAGUUCGAGAUCAUUCAGAAAUAGUUUAGGCGGUCUUGUCAACUCAAGUUUCAUAAAAAACUUUGCGAGCCUUUAAUUCGGAUUGGAUUCUUAAGUUUGGUGAUGAUGGAUAUGGAGCUUAAGCAGAUGUUGAAGAGUCUAUGUUUCAGCCAUGGAUGGUCUUAUGCUGUCCUUUGGUGUUAUGAUCCUUUUAAUCCUAUGUUAUUGAGACUUGAAGUAGCACACAAUGAUGAGCAAUCAGCCGCGCUCGUUGAUGAUAUGAUUCUCCAGACUCAUGUCUUAGGUCAAGGCAUCGUGGGUGAAGCUGCUCUGACCGGCAACUACCAAUGGCUGUUCUCAGACACUCUUGUUCAGUGUGAGCAUGAGUUUCAGAAUCAGUUUCUCUCUGGCUUUAAGAGUAUCGCAAUCAUUCCAGUAGGAUCAAGCGGCGUUGUUCAGUUAGGAUCUACUCAAAAGAUUGUUGAGAGCGCAGAGAUGGUGGAGGAAACAACAAGAGCUUUGGAAGAAAUGAAACCAGAACAGCCGGUGGUAGAUCUUGAUAGUUUGUUCGAGUCUCUAGCACCAUUGGGAAGCAGUGGGAUUGCCCCUCCUGAUACUUUAAGUUUUGAUGACAUCUUCACUGAAGACAGUAAUCUUCCUUUUUUGCUCAGCCCUAUCUCCGAUAAACCAGCAUCUCUAAAACCUUCUUCUUCAGACAUUAAUGGAGAUGAUGAUUCUGUGUUUGACAUUCUCAACUCUUACUCUCUGGACGACUUGUGCCAGUUGCUAGCUGAUUCACCAGAACAGAAUUUCUCAUCAGGAGGUGACCAGGAAAUCGUGAUCCAAGGAAACGACAAAGAUCUUUUUGACAUUUUGGGGAUCCAUUCCUAUGAUUCUGGAUUUGGUGCAAUGCCUCAGCAAAAAGGACUAUUCUCUGAGCUCAUAAGCACUAGCCUUAGCAACAGCACUAGUUGUCUCACAAAUGUGCAAGAAGACUCUUAUUCUGGCCUCAAUCAGAGCAAGAGACGGAAACUUGAAACAUCAACAAGCUCAAGCUUAUUCAUGACUCAGGCAGAAGAGACACUAUCAACACCUCUUGAUCCUCCCCAGUGGAUUGAUGAGGACAGAUCAAGCGUUGCAGGCAACUGGAAGAAACCUCAAGAAGAUGAAGGAGUGAAGAAGAAGGAGAAAAGAGCAAGGAAACCAAGGCCUAAAGACAGGCAGAUGAUACAAGACCGUAUCAAGGAGCUACGAGGGAUGAUUCCAAAUGGAGCAAAAUGUAGCAUUGAUACACUGCUUGAUCUGACGAUAAGACACAUGAUGUUCAUGCAAAGCAUCGCCAAGUACGCUGAUCAACUCAAACAACCCUACGAGCCUAAGCUGGUGAAGGAGAAGGAGAGAACAUGGGCAUUGGAAGUUGGGGAUGAUGAUUCGGUGGUAUGUCCGAUCAUCGUGGAGGAUUUGAAGCCGCAAGGACAAAUGCAGAUAGAGAUGGUGUGCCAGGAAAAUGGGGAUGAGUUUCUUGAAAUUGCACACGUGGUGAGAGGUCUUGGAUUAAACAUACUAAAGGGAGUGAUGGAAACGAGACAGGGAAGGAUAUGGGCACACUUGAUCGUUGAGGCAAAGCCACCACAACAUGUGACAAGGCUUCAACUCUUUUACUCACUUGUUCACCACCUCUUUCACUCCCCUUCUUCCCAAUCCCACCACCAAACAUGA